ACAACAACAAAAAAAUUAAAUUUGACUGUUGAACAAAAAGGAAGUAAAAUUAAACAAAGUCUGUAUGAGACGAUGUUAUGGGAGGACGAAAAUUGACUGAGCACGUAUGAAUGUUUCCCCCAUUUUUUAAAGUUGUGAAUUGUAAACCGGAUAUAAGGGGUGCAAAAUAAAAAAUAAGAUCCUGAACAAAAGUGAAAUGUGAGAAAAGAAGGUGCCGAGUAGGGAAAUAAUAAUUCGGAUGGAGGAGGGAGCUACGUGUAUUUUGCCGCAGAAAAUGCGAGUAUACCGCCGCGGCAUGAGUUUUAUAAAACGGGGAACCCCCAAGGUGUGUUCUUAUAAUUUUAUAUCCGAUUUAACUUGAAUGGUAUCAUUGGCUGUCUGCUUGAGUCAAGUGAAGAUCAAAAUUAACAAUGAGUUCUGAAAUGCUUCGAGCAGGAGGGCUUAUUAUAUUUAGAAGACUCCAAAUAGGAAUUGAAUACUUACUGCUCCAAACAUCAUAUGGAAAACAUCACUGGACACCACCCAAAGGCCAUCUGGACCCAGGAGAGGAUUACCGUAUCGCAGCUUUGAGAGAGACGGAGGAAGAAGCGGGCUAUACCAGUGAUCAACUCACAGUUACAGACUUCAAGAGCACUCUCAAUUAUGUUGUGAGGAAUAGACCAAAGGAGGUUGUCUAUUGGCUAGCUGAGCUGAAGGAUCCAAAUGCAGGGGUGAAAUUGUCCAAUGAGCAUCAGGAUUUCAAGUGGUGCGACUUGGAGGAAGCUAUUCGGCUGUCAGGAUACAGCGAUAUGGAAAAGGUGUUACGUGAUGCACAUAAACAUUUACAAAGCUGAUGUGCAUACCAGCCAAGCCAGAUAUGGUCUUGAAAUUAAAGAAAAUUUAUCUUUGGACAUCAUGGAGGUUUACAAAUUGAGUGGAUAUCCAUACCAUAAAUUGUAUAUUGAUCACUGUAAUGUUAUGAUUGGCAGGCCUGCUUCCGUCAUGUGGUUUCCACUGAAAGUGUUCAAAAUGUAUGCACUGGGAGUAGGAGGGAAGUUUUUUUUAAAGUAUAUGGUUCUUCCAAACUAGAAGACCAUAACUGGUCUUUAUCCCAUAUUUCAAGUGUCUAGGGUGCCAAGUUCAUCUAUUGCACAUGACUCAUGUGUUUCAGGUGCAGUUGAGAAAAAAGAAGAACAAAUAAAUAAUUUUUAAAAUGUGAUAUAUAAUGUUUGUAUAAACUGGUUGGGGAUGCAUUAAACUUGUCAAAGUAA